ACAUUUGAUUAUUUGCACACGUUUAAUUGCCGGUUUCUAUCAAAUAAUUCUAUUAAUAAUAUUUUAGAAAGAUUUGCUUGGAAAUAAUAUUAGAGAAUUAUAAGGUGUAUUAAUUUGACAAAAACCACCGAAAUAUAUCAGAAACUGAAAGGAUUUCUUUGCAUUGUUUGGAUAGAGGCUACGUAUUUUUUAUUAAUAUUGAAUUUAUUUUCAAGUUUCAUAUGGUUAUCAAAAAUAUACAAUUUCUUUUGCAAUAAAUAAUCUUACUUAAAAAUAUUUUUUUUUUUAUGAAAAUGAAAGAAAACUUUUUGCAAAAAUCUCGAUAAAACUUUUUACGAAAUAAUUUUUGGUAAACUGUCACGUCGACUGUUUAUAAUGUGAAAAACGAAAACAUACAACGAGUGUGUGCUAAGAAAAAAAUUAACCAAAAAAAAUUGUAAUGGAGCCAAGGGAAUUGCAUAUCAAAUUCGCUGGCAUGUCAGCAAACGUAGAAAUUGUACCACAUUUGAAUCAGACACUGAAACGAUUGGUUGAAUCAAUAGUAAAACCAACUCGUCUACGACAAGACCUAAUGGUUACCAUUUUACUUUUUAUUAUGAAAGAGAACGGUUUCGUUCAGCUAAAGGACGUUUGUAAAGACGCAAUAACUAUCGAAGACUACAUUUUAUCGAAAAAAGAGAAAGACAUAACAAAAUACGAAACAGUAUUUCUAUUAAGAAACUUUCCGAAUACUCCAAUGAAAAUGAUCGUGUCUCUAUUGAAAGAUACGAUUUUGAUUAAUGCAACUAUUCCUGAAAUGCGCAAAGAAACUUACUCGCUCUGUCUGAUGCCCGAAAGGUAUAUAAUAAAUUCAGGGUUGGGCAUUCCUGCGACCCUAGCGAACGUGAACGAACUAUUUGUAUCAUUUAAAGAUAAAAUUGUAACUCCAGUUAAGAGCAGCAUAUUGAAUUGCCACCGACACCCUAGUGGUAAUCUCUCAGGGUUGCCAGAAGAUGUGAUACUGCUGAUUAUAUUGAAGCUGUCACUGAGAGAUGUGUUGAACCUGAGUGAAUCAUGCAAACGGAUGUAUCAAAUCGUAAAUGAGGAUAGAGUUUGGUAUCAUCUUUACGUGCGGGAUUUUGCUGAACAUAAAAAUGAGGGGAGUUGGCACGACAUGUACAAGGAAGCCUAUAUAACACGUUCGACGGUUAGAUCCCGGAGUAAUGAUGGUUUAAGGUUGUCAGUAUCGACUGAACAUGUGGCAAGAUGCGUAUCAGACUCGAGGUGGGAAGUCAUUCUGUAAAUCAAAUGUUGGAAAUUCCAGUAAUGUAGAUUGCAUCUAAGUUGCAAUGUCACUGUUGCAUAUUAAGUUAAAUUAAAUUUAUAUUACUAUUACUAUCUUCUUUAUUUGUUCUAUAAGUAUUUAGCUGUUUUUUCAUAGGAUUUAUUAAUUUGAAUAUUUAUUAAAUAGCAGCGCGAGGAAUAUCAAAAUAAAACCUUUGUGAAACUCUGCGUAUUUCGUUAUGUUUACAAGAACAAAACAAGCAGUAUCUAUUACUAUAUUAUAUAAUGCCAGCUCCACACUACGGACCAGUUUGCAAACUUAUCGGGUUCGGUGUACAUUACUCGUUUUUCACUAUUGUA